CGAGGCGGCGGCGCCGCCAUUUUGUGCUGAAGCUGCCUCAGGAUGGAGUCGAGAGCAGAACCGGAGCUGCCCGCCGCCCCCCGAGCCUUCAAACUCGCCGCCCCGCCACGGAGCGCCGCUCCACACGCACCUCCGCAUCGCUGGCAGCGCUGAACGGCGCCAUGGAACACAGCGGUCGCGAACGCGCCGGCCCCGGCUUGGGAUGGGCCCGGUUGGGCCUGGCCGCGGCCUGGCCGAAGCUGGCGGGGCCCAACGCGGCGCCCGCGGGCGGCUCGCCCCAGCCGAGCCCGCCCUUCUCGUGGCUGCGGGUGGUGUCGCAGCUGCUGUCGCCGCUGCCCGCCCUCCUGCAGCGGCUGCUGCCCGGCGCCGCGCUGAGCUCCGCGCUGUGCCCCGCCAAGGCACCGCCGCCGCUGGUGCUGCUGCCGAAGGCGGACACCUCGCUGGACUGGGUCGAGGAGGAGCCCCUGGAGAAGCGGCCGGAGGGCGGCCCGGAGCCCCCGGCAGGGCUGUGGGAAGCCGGGUUGGUGCGGAGCGGCCUGGGAGCCCUUCCCAUGGACUGGUACGUGCUGGGCUUGGAGCAGGGCAAGAGCCACCUGCCCCAGCCCCUGCGAGCCGAGGGCUUGCCCGAGGCUGAGUUCCUCCGCAGCAAGCGCCUGGCGUUCCUCCAGCGCUGGCAUCUGCCCGUGCCGGACCCCGACCAUGGCUACCACAGCCUGGAGGAGGAGCAGCAGCAGCAGCAGCACAGGGGUGUCCGCCGAGAAAUGGGGGAGCAGCGCGGCGAUGCUGGGGAUUUGGAGCAGCCCGAGGAUGCAGGGAGACAGCCUGGAGGCGUCCCCGUGGAGCAGGAGGGGCUCCGGGAUGCGGCUGAGGAGGGAGAAGCCUUAGCUGAAGAGGAGGGUGAGGACUCGGAAACAGAGCAAAACUUCCCGAUUUCCACCAGACCUGCCUGUGCGAAUAAGUUAAUCGAUUAUAUCAUCGGAGGAGUAUCCAGUGGGGAGGAGAGUGAGGAUGAGGAAGACUGGGAUGAUGAUGAUGAUGAUGAUGGGUUUGAUAGCGAAGACCUGCCCUCGGACUCAGAGGCCGACAGCCAGGACGGGGAGAGGCUUCAUCUGUGGAAUUCCUUCUACAGCUUGGAUCCCUACAACCCUCAGAAUUUCACAGCCACCAUUCAGACGUCUUCCAGCGAUCCGGGAAAGGUAAUGUCGGACAUGGAGGAGGAGGAGGAGGAGGAGGAAGACUCGUGGGCAGAGUCCUCUGAGGGCUCUCCUAGUUCCGAGGAGGACGAGUGGGACUGUGACAGCGUGGAUGAGGCAGAAAGCUUGAAACUUUGGAACUCGUUCUGUAGCUCGGACGAUCCCUAUAACCCUUUAAAUUUCACGGCGGCCUUUCAGACAGCGGAGAAAAAAGGGACGCCGCCGGGUUUCGAAGGGGCAGAGAGGCCGAGUUCUGUCACUGCUGAGCACUUCGCCGUGUGUAGGCUGCAGCUGGAGAAACACAACUGCGGGGUCACUGACUUGGGGCAGCGCGGGAUUCUGUGCGGGGAGAAAACUGCGAAUUCCAAGCGGAAAAAGGUCACAUUCCUUGAAAAAGUGACUGAGUAUUACAUAAGCAGCGAGGAGGACCGGAAAGGGCCCUGGGAAGAGAUGGCACGGGAUGGAUGCAGGUUCCAGAAACGCAUCCAGGAGACUGAGGAAGCCAUAGGAUAUUGCCUGACCACAGAGCACAGACAGAGGGUAUUCCAUAGGCUCCAAGAAUCCCAUUCCCAGAGGACUGAUCCCUUCUAGCACCUUAAAACUCCUGGAAGUUGCCUGACCCUUUAAAUUAAUGAAACCUCUGAAUGACAAGUGGCAGCUGCAUGUGCUGAAAUGGGGAGAAAAAGUGGGAUUUUCCUUUUUCCCACUUGGAUAUUGAACAAACAAAUUCCCGUUUUGCUCUCCAGAUAAAAUCCCUGGAGCUCCCUGAAGGGUGAGGGUGCUCUAAUUGCAUUCCUGUUAAUUAGCACUUGAGAGAACCAGACUGCUUGGGGUUCAAUCCAUUCCCAAAAAAUGCCUUUUCCUGCCAUACCUUGGGAAGUGGGGACUGUUCAGUUGGAUUUUUGCACUUUGGAAAAGAAAAGGAAAAAAAAAAAAACAAAAAAACAAAAAAAAGCAAAACCUAUUUUGAAGGAAAUAUUUAUGGGGUUCAUUCCCUGGAAUUGCAGUUUUGAUUUAAAAUUCCCUGAGGAAUGUGCUGGUGGGGGUUUUUUUUGUGCUUUUCCAUCUUUUCCACCUUCUCCAAAAGCCUCAUUUAUAAAAAUCUCUUCCCUUAAGGGAUUUUUUCCCUGCUUUUUGCAUGGAAUAAUCCAAUGUUGGAGUGUUCCUGGAGCUUUUUGAGGUGUGAUUAUUCCAGUCAGGAGCACUGGGGAGGCCUCUGGUGCGUCACAACCCCUUUGGUUUGAUUGAUUUGAAAUAAUUCCCUCCUCCAGGAUUAUUCCAGAGGGUUCUGGCUGCUUGUGCACCAAAUUCCUUGGCUUUUAGGGCAAGGAAAUGCCUCAUCCCAAUCGAUAAUUAAAGCUUCGAGGUACUUAAUGAGGCUGUGGAAGAUGCUUGAAUUUAGGGAGGAAAAUUCCCUAAUUAUUUAAUUAAUCUUUGCUGUAAUUCUGCUUUGGGAGAGGGUUUGAAAUGAAUUUUUAUAUCCAAUCUGCUUGUCCUGAUAAUUUGAAGGAGAAUUAUCUUGGGUUUAAGGAAAUUUAUGGCGAAAUUUUCCUAUUUUCUUUCCCAAAAAAUCAGUAUUAACUCUGUGUAUCUGCACUGGGGUCACUAAAAAACAUUUCAGUGGGAGGAGAAAACUCUUUAUUUAUAUUCCUAAUUUAAAAUAUUAAAUUAUUUUAGUCAAAAAUUGUUGAGGGGAAAAGGGGGAUUGGAGCUGGAGGUUGGUGUGGGAAUUUUCCAAGCAGCUCACACGAGGGAAUAAAACCAGAAAAAUUCCAAUGUUUGCACAAAGUUGGGUGAAUAAAUCAAUUAUUUGUUCAGCUGGCCAGAAUAAUUUCCCUUUUGUAGAGCAAAAACCUAACAAUGCUUUAAUUUUAUCCUUAAUUACUUCCAUUUUUAAUUUGGAAGAAAACUACGGGGAGAAAAUGAUUUAUUCCUGUUUUAUCCUGGCUUGAAAAAUCCCAGAAUUUUGGGAUUUAUCCUUUAAUUUUCUUGCCAGAAGUGGCUCUUUUGAGUUGAAAAAAUCACCUUUUUGUGGUGCCAGUACAACAUUUAGGGGAUUAAUUAAAUUAGAGUUGUGUGAAUUCGAAUGGAGCCCAAAUUCCAGCUGCAAAUGCCAUUUGCCAUCCCCAAAACAUUGGAUUCUCCUUUCCUCCAAAAAAAUUCUAAAUUGGAAUCACACCCUCAAAUCCUGAGAAAUCCACUUGGAAUUUCGGAGGAUUUUGCUCUCUCACUUUGGAUCUGCUUUUUAAUUUAGGGGAAAAGUGGAAUUCCAAGAGGAAAAAAUGUGUGGAUUUAUGGUCAGUGGCGCUGACAAUUCCAAGUGCUCCCAGGAAACCACACUACACUCAUUUUUCCAUGGAUCUCCCAGUUCAUUUUUUCCCAUGGAUCUCCCGAUUCCUGGGAUCUUUUGGGAACGUGGUGCUUCAGUUCUUUAUGGACAACUCGGAUUUCUUGGUGCUUGGGAGAACCUUGGGAGCGCUGGGAAUCGACAGCUGCCGAUGUUUGCUUGGAAAAACGGAGAGAUUGGAUCGAAACAAGGAACAGCUGCUGCUUCCAAAGGGCUGAAACCUUGGAAAAAAGGAGGGGUUUUAUCCAUCUGCAGCAUGUCCAGCAUUCCCACUGCUUGGAUGAGCUUUCCCCCCCCCCCCCUCCAACCUCCUGGUUUCCAGGUAAUCCAGCGGGAGAUGGAAUGGAAUGGACACAAAAUCCAUCCCUGAGCAUCUCAGAGCUCGGCGUCCCCCUUUUUCCUUAUCAAAUCCCUUCAAAAGUGUGGGGUGAGGGGGUGAAAGCAACGCUUGGAGGGCUUUAAAUCAAAACUGUGAUCAGCAGAUUUUAUUUUUGUAUCGUUUCGGGAAAAGUUGGAUUUGGCUUUCUAUGGAUUUUCCUUGAUUUGUGGCGGCUUUGUUGGGUUUUUUCUACCUAAAGUUCUAUUUCUGUACAUAAGAAACUAUUCAGGACUAAUCUGUGCGUUGUAAUAAAGAGAUUUGCAAGAUAAA